AUGGCAAUGUCGAUGACACCAGUGGCAAAGAAGUCUGUCGUCACCAAAAUGGAUCGACAGAUGAGUGUAUCCUCCAGCUCUGGCUCAGCUCUCCUAGGCAGCGGCGCGUCGACAUCGUCGUCCCGUGGAACAACGGAUCCACCACCAGCCGCCAUCACCCAGCACACGACAUCGCCGUGCGCCUCGACCUGCGCCAGCGACGGAGCAGCGAGACAUCAACAAUGCGACCACCCGCCCAUCGCCGGUGGCGCGUUUUCCGUCAAGCGAGCCAGCUCGAUGCGAGCCACGACACCUCGAGGCAGCGACCACGGCGGUCGUUCAAUGAUCGGCCGUUCUGCACGCGACGCAUCAGCCAAGCUUGAAGUUACUAGCCAGCGAGCGGGACCAAUGCGCGAUAGCGAGAACCAAAGCACGCCUUCAAGAAUAGACGUACCUUUCAGCCGCGAUUCCACGGUCGACACAGGAUCACGAGGUACGUUCGUCGAUCCGCUCGACUAGAACUUGAGCUUGGGCGACAAGAAUCUCUUCGGCACCAGCGGCAGGCGGGCGCGAAUUGACCGGACCCCUGAACUUGUCUUUCCUCGUACAGCACGAUCAGCUACCCCGUCUGGGUCUUCCGGCUCGAUGCUACCACCUCCAUUUGCGUCUCGCCGGGUUCCACCCUCUGCCGCUCCUGCAGCCCUCCUCCGCAAGGUCUUUUCCAAGGCAGAGUCUUCGGCUCCUCUCAAGCGAAAGCUGAUCGCCGACGAAGCCAUCGAUUCGACCGUUCAAGGCGCAUCCGACAUCCUCGCUGGAGCGCCGCCCAAGCCCCGCACGAAAACUUUGGCACUGACCGCUUCGGCCUGCCACUCGACGCAGCGGUCGCAGACGAGGUCUGCUGAGCGGAGACGAUCUCUCAGCUCCGGCGUCAGAGCCACCGGUCCUGCCCUGUCCUUGUUAUCGCACGGUGCCAAGAGGAUGUCUUCCAGGCACGUGGCGUCCACCUCAAUCUUCCCGGAACCGACGUCAACACCUAGUCGUCUGUCUCGAGCGCCUUCCAUGUCGCUGCAAGCAUCCACUGCUCAACGCUCUGCGAUCCCCUUGUCGAGCACUAGGAUGGUCAAGAAGGGUAGCGGGCUGAGUGGCAUAUCGUCGAUAGGGGAAGGAAUCAAAGAGGAGCCCACUGACCGCAGAACCAUGACCGCUUCGAGUGAAACCACUUCAGCCCAAUCGAUUAUCCCUCCGGCCCCGUCUACAACUCAAAGUGCUCGGAGGAAGAAAGAUUACGCUUUGUCCUUGAAACCUAAGAUGGGAUCCCCGGCACAACAGUUUCUACCCAACGCUUCUGUACCACACUUUCUACGGUCCCAUAGUGGAUCGAAUCGAUCUGCGUCGACGGCGGCAUCGUUUCGAUCAGCCUCGGGGGAUAUCUCGCAGUCGACAACACGUCCCGCGAGGCAGCGGCAGCGGCCACGCGACUCCUGGGAGACGGUCCCAGUUUCCUCGCGCCGAACCUCGUUCGCACCUAGCAUUGCACCGCAAGAAAGGACCAGCAGCUUGGCCUCAAAAAUGCCUGCCCCGUGCCCUUCAUCGGCCCAUGCACUGCUGAAGCUGUCGAUCGGCCCGCCAGAAUCGAUCGCGGGUGAUAUCAGCUGGGAGUCGAUCGCCCAAGAUCGACCCACUCCUGCGUUCGACAUCGACUCGAACCAUACACCGUCCAGGUUCGAUGACGCCUCGAGGUUGAACAACUCCGAUGGUCUCCCCUACCGCUCAGCCAUUUCAUACGCUUCCCCUGACCACGAGGCAAAGCUCCAAGCGGCGCUACGCGGAAUCGCUCCGACGUCUGCGAAACCAGACGGUACCGAGGGAGAUCCCACCCUGGGCUCAAUACGUGGCGCAUAUCGAGCGGUCGGUCGAGGAUCCACGACGCUUGAAGAGAUGCUUAGGACGACGUUGCUCACUGCAAGUCGCUCACAUGCCAACGCCGUCCCGGACCGCGACACAUGGCUCAUCGAUGGUUCUGUCGGCGAGACCAUGCGAGCAGAUCUCAACAACGCGACGGUGUCUUCGACGCCGCUCCAGCUGAGCCUGAACCAGAUCGUCCGAGACCCCUCGGCUGUGGCGAUCCUUCGGGACGACUUUGAUCGGACGUACGCCCGAGCGCAAGACCUCGAAUUUGUGGUUGCGCAACAGGCGCGGGAGCUCGAAGACCUACGAACGACCGAAGCAGCCCAGCGUACGCGAGCCGAGGCACUUGGGAGGGAAGGCGACGCGUCGACUAUGCGGCUCGAUGCGAUGGCGAAAGUUAUUGACGAACUCGAGCGGGAGCUCGAGCAAGCGAGGAGCGCGGAAGCACGAACGACUGGUUAUCUCGCUCCGAGCGAUACAGCUGCUGCCAACGGCAAAAUUAUUGCCGAGGCUGUCAAUGCAAUCUCGAUGAUCAAGCACGUUGCAGAUGCGUUUGCGCAUCUGAAUCAGGUGGCCGAGUUGCAACGUGAAGAUGUCGGCGAUCAAAUGAGGGCUCUGGAGGUGAUGAAAUGGGGCUUUGAGCUCAUGACCCCAACCUGGGCCUAG